GACAGAUAUCACUCAAUACGCCAUAUUUGUAAUAUAAAGCUUGACGUCGGCUUUUCCGAGCAAAUCGAUUUAUUUCAUUAAAAAAUUAAUAGUUUCAGUCCAAAUUAUUCAGAUUUAAAAUUAAAAUGUCCCUCUUUCCUUUGGAAUCAAAUCCAGAUGUUAUGAAUAAGGUAAGUUUGAUGUUUAUUUACGCCGCAAUCAUCGUAUUAAUUUUCGAAAAAUUGCAGUUCAUGCACGUCUUGGGUGUACCUGAAAAAUAUAAAGUAGUCGAUGUUUACGGUUUGGAUACUGAUGCUCUUGCAUGGGUUCCUCGGCCAGUAAUAGCUCUUAUAUUGCUUUUUCCUUGUAGUGAGAAGUAUUAUACACAUGCACAGAAAGAAAAAGAAGAAUUGCUUAAUAAAGGACAAGAAGUUAGUCCAAAUCUUUGGUAUAUGAAGCAGAAAGUAUCAAACGCUUGUGGUACCAUUGCCUUGAUCCAUAGUAUUGCAAACAAUGAGGAAAGAGUACAACUUGGUGAGGGUGCAUUUAAAAAACUAUUGUCUGAUUCAAAGAAUAUGUCACCUGAAGAAAGGGGGGAUAUAUUGGUAAAAGCUGAAGAUAUAGCUUAUAAGUUGAUUACUACUCAUCAAGAAUUGGCUAUGGAAGGGCAGACAGAGGUAAAUCCCGAUGAACAAGUGAAUCACCAUUUUGUAGCCUUGGUGGAAAAAGAUGGCGACCUGUACGAAUUAGAUGGAAGAAAAGAUUUUCCUAUUGUACAUGGUAAAACCACACAUGAAACUUUCUUAGAGGAUGCGGCUAGGGUGUGCAAAGAAUUCAUGGAGAGAGAUUCUGAAGACAUUAACUUUACUGUGAUGGCACUAGUGGAAUCUGAAUAAAUCCAAAUCCAAGGCGGAAUAACAAAUAUGGAAACAAAUACGAAUUUGCUUACAAAGCUUACUUUAAUUUUUUAUGUUAUUUUCGCUUAUUCUCUGUAUUCUUUUUUCGAUGUAGCUUUUCCACGUGCCUUGUUUAUAAUUGUUUUUUCUACUCUACAUUUAAAUUGUGAUAUGAGCAUUGAAGCCAAAUAAAUGAUUAUUACUUU